AUGGCGAACAAGUCUCUCAAGGCCGUUCACUUUGGCGCUGGCAACAUUGGCCGUGGCUUCGUCGCCUGCUUCCUGCACAACAGCGGAUAUGAGGUCGUCUUCGCCGAUGUCGUGCCCGAAGUUGUUGACAAGCUGAACUCCACCAAGGAGUACAAGGUCAUCGAGGUCGGCACCGAGGGCACAACAGAAAACAUCAUCACCAACUACCGUGCAAUCAACUCAAGGACUCACGCCGAGGACCUGGUGAAUGAGAUUGCCACUGCCGAUGUCGUCACCUGCUCGGUUGGCCCUACCAUCCUCAAGUUCAUCGCACCUGUCAUCGCUCAGGGCAUCGACAAGCGUGCUGAGGACCUCAAGCCGCUCGCUGUCAUUGCUUGCGAGAACAUGAUCAACGCAACCACCGCCCUUGCCGAUCACAUCAAGGACCCUAAGAACACCCCGGCAGAGCGCCUCGACACCCACGACAAGCGCGCCCGCUACGCCAACUCUGCUAUCGACAGAAUUGUCCCUGCACAAGACGCCGACGCUGGACUCAACGUCAAGCUCGAGAAGUUCUACGAGUGGGUUGUGGAGCAGCUGCCCUUCGAGGGCGAGCACCCCCCAAUCGACGGCAUCAACUGGGUCGAGCACCUCGAGCCCUUCAUCGAGCGUAAGCUGUACACUGUCAACACUGGUCACGCCACCGCCGCCUACCACGGAUAUAACCGCAAGAAGCGCACCGUCUACGACGCCCUGCAAGACAAGGAGAUCCUGGCCGAGGUUAAGAAGGCCCUGGCCAACACCUCCGACCUGAUCACCUCCAAGCACGAGACCUCCGAGGAGGAGCAGGCUGCAUAUGUCAAGAAGAUCAUCUCCCGCAUUGGAAACCCCCACCUUGAGGAUGCCGUCGAGCGUGUCGGCCGUGCUCCUCUCCGGAAGCUUGGUCGAAAGGAGCGGUUCAUCGGACCCGCUGCUGCGCUUGCGGAGUUGGGCAAGGACUGCAGCGGCCUUCUCGAUGCCGCUGAGAUGGCGCUCCGUUUCCAGAACGUCGAGGGCGACGAGGAGUCUGCGGAGCUCGCCCAGAAGAUGGCAUCCAUGGACGCCGACUCUAUUGUUGGCGAGGUUUGCGGGCUGCAGAAGUCCGAGAAGCUUUACCCCAUGAUGGUAGACAUUGUCAAGAAGGUGCAGGCCGAUGCUGAGGACUAG